UUCGCUUCAAACGAAAACCACAUUAGACGGAUUAAUUUGCGCUUGUCGCUAUUUUUUGCCUCAACAUAGUAUAGAUUUUGUUCCACAUCGCAUUUUGUCAUCAAAAAAUCUGAUAACUAAUUGAACAUUGUUUUUCCGUGAAAAUGGAGCUUUAGCAUCCGUAAUUGGCGUUGUCGUACUUUAGUCGCGACAGAUAAACCGGUUGGUUGCUAAGAGCAAGGUGGACCAAAAGUACGGAUUGCAACAGUCUUAGCAAGCAAAAAUGACUUUUCUAAGUCUUCUCAGCUAUGCGUCGCUUCUGGUGCAGAUCUGCUUUGUGACGGUGUCGAUUGCUGCCGGACUCUAUUAUUUAGCAGAAUUAGUGGAAGAGUACACCGUCACAGCAAAAAGGAUAAUCACAUGGAUGGUGAUCGCAUCAGUUUUGCUCUAUGUGAUAUUUAUCUUUACUGAGCAGUUCUCCUGGACAAUGCUUCUAUGUGGCAUGGGAGCACAAGCAUUACAUGUGGUCAUCUUGAAAAAUUUCCCCUAUGUAAAAUUCUUGUCGCUGAGCUUUUUGGGUGCUGUGAUAUUGUUAUUGGUUAAUCACUACUUGGCGUUUAUCUAUUUCCAACAACAACAUCAUCCUUUCACGGAGGUGAUGGCAUAUUUCACACUUUGCUUAUGGUUAGUGCCAUUUGCCCUUUUCGUUUCAUUAUCUGCCAAUGACAACGUUUUACCCACGAGCAACGAAAGAACACCUUUGCUAAGUGACAAUGACAUCGUGACGAAUUAUUUUUCCAGCAAAAAGAAACUGGGACUUCUAUCGCUUUUCAACUACGCCAAGGAAUCGCUUUUACCAGAGCGUAACAAAAAAUCAUUUUAAAUCCUGUAUACCACAUCAGCUAGCCAUACAGUUAGUAUACAUCCUCCCCAUUGACAACGGUUGUUUGGUUUUUGUUAUUUAUUUAUUAAAAGCGAAUAACGUUAAUAUGGACUUAUUAGAAAUAAACAUCAUUUAAGAAAAAUCCGUA